AUGGAAAACCAAGAAGUUUUGAGAAGUAAGCCACUUUCCUAUGAAGCGUCGAAGGCAGUUCUGAAAUCUUUGAGUCUGGAAACUAGAGAAACCAUCAACAGACAGAUUCCUGCACUUCGCGGUGUCAACUCCCGAUUACCAUAUAUUCUGGAAAAUUUAAUCAUAGAAAAUCGAGGUUUUGAAACCAACGGAAGACGUUGGGUCAUAGAACUAACCUGGGACCAAAGUAAUCCAUUAAGCCACGUUGUGGAAUCAAGAAUAAGAGUAGUGACCAUUUACGACUAUAAUUCACAUAAAAAAGCGGCAUAUCGUGUGAACAAAUCCGAUGAAGAGAUUUGGUACCAACUGUUCGAUGAGUACAUAAGGAAUGGAACGGUUGUCAGAGGAUCACUCUGUUUUCGUGGGAUUCCCGAAUUUUUGAAAAGAAGAAGAGAAAAUGAAGUGGAGUUGAGGAUGAAAGUAACAAAUUUGGGGUUGGAUAUUCAUGAAACAGAGGAUUAUGAUCAUUCUGUUCGGUUUAUUGAUUUGGAUGUGUUGGAAAAUGUCGAGGUUCUUGUUGGGAAGAAUACGCUGGCAAUUCUUGAUAAGUCAGAUAUCAAAACCUGCAAGAGCCUCACAGUUAUUGUAACACAUGGUCCUGACUUCCCAUCAGUCGACCAGCUUAGACGUCUCCGGAAUCAACACCUUUAUUUGAAAUUUUACGGCUUCAAACUUCAUAAUCUACAUCUGUUUGUGAAGGACUGGAUUACCACUGGCCGUGAUAUUGGGACACGCUUCAGUUGGGGGCCGCGUCCAUCCGAGGACGUUCAACCCAUUAUGGAGCAUCUCAAGACGCAUUCUGGUGCUGUGAAAGCGGGGUCAAAUCUUGCCUUUUACUUCUCUGACAAAGCAAAACAUGACAUUGGUAUAACUCUCAAAAUGGGAGAGGAUCGGGAGCUUGUGAUGUUUUGUAAAAAGAUCCGGUCGGAGAGCUUCUCUUAUUGUCAUUGGUCGUUUGAAAUGGAGGUUGUAGCGAGCACCAAUGCAACUGGUACCGUGUCAACUCCCGGUGUCUGA